AUGAAUGAAGACUUGGAUAAUUAUUAUCAAAAUAAUUUUGUUAUUGGAGAUUGGGGAUUUAUUCCGAAGGAAUGGAUUUGGGAGAUUUGUUCCUUUCUCUUCCCGAUUGAUUAUAUGAAGUUAAUUUGGAUGAAUAGUCAUUGGUAUCAUAGUAUCCGAGGAUUUGCUUCUCAUCAGGAAGAGUUUAGAUUCACCAAAUUUAUAUUUGAUAGGAUCAUGUUGUCGAGUUGUAAAUAUUCUCAUCAGAAACAAUUGGAAAAACAUUCGGAAAUGGAUGAAGGAAUCAGCCAAGAGCAAUAUUCAACAUUUUUGGAAUCUAAUAGGAAACAGGUUCAUUCAUUGUUUAAUUUGUUUUUCACUGGUGUUCGCCAUUGGUAUUUUAGUGAUUUGUUUAUAGAAAAAGAAUUAAUUACGUGGUGUUUAGGUAGUGAUGAGGAAAAUCCGAAUAAUACUUUGGAGAGCAUUACAUUUUUCAAUUGUAAAUUGGAAUGUGGAUUGGCACAGAAUAUUGCAAAUAGUACGAGUAAUUUGAGAGAGAUUAAUCUUCCUUAUAGUGGAUUUUGUGACAUUGAAGUGACAAGGCAAAAGAAUCUUCGGUUUGUGGACUCGUAUCAGUCACAGUUCAUGUCCUUCCUCUUGUUUCAAAAUGAUUUUUCGUCGAUAGAGAAGGGAAAAUAUAAAACAAAAUCCAUAGAUCACGAAAAGAAACAAAACCGAGUGGAAGAUGAUAAUUCACACAUAUUGGGAAAUAUUGACAUCCUUGAAUUAUUGCCAUUUUUCAAUGAUAGUACCAAUAAGAGUUUUGAAACUUUAAAGUAUAUUUAUUUGGAGGCAUACGAUGGUAUAUCCGAGUCACAUAUUUCUCAGGACAUUACUCAAACUCAUGGAAAUUUGAUAACGAGCAAUUCAGACGACAGAGAAUUUUUACAGAGGAAUAUAUUUAAAAAGAAUAAUCAAUACUUUACAUGGAUAAACCUUCCAGAUACAAGGAAUAAGAGAUUGGAAGUACCACUAGAGUUGUGCAAGGUUGGUGACCUGGAUCAUCAGCUCAAAUCUGUGAUAUUUUCCAAUGCAGAUGAAGAGGGGGAAGAAGAAUUUGGAAGGAGAAAAACUCCACAAGAUUUAAUUUAUUUGGCUGCCAUACUGCCUUCACACAUUAAUUUGAUUUGUUUCUGUGGUUUGGAAUCGUUCAAGACGAGAAGUGACUCAAUAGACUCAUAUUUUGAAUGUGUAGGAUUUGAAAAGUGCUAUGGAAAGACCAGUGCUCCUCCCUGUGUUCUUCUUAGCUCGCUGCAAUCGAACAAGCACAAGGACUUGCCAACCGUAUUCCUCAAAUUGCAAAAUAAUCUGCGAAAGAGAAACAAGACGAGGAAGGAAUUCUCCCUAGUCAAUUAUUACGGCAUUGAAAAUCAUUCUGGUGUUUAUGGACAUAUUCACAGAUUGACUGAUGUUAUUAUUUGGGGUGAUAUUCAAAAAGUAGACUAUUUGCUGAAUAUGGGAUUUCAUAUUCAUGAUUUAUUGUACUUUGCACAAGUGAAUAGUGCAUUGUAUACACACGAUGAUUCCUCAGAUACGUGUGAGUGCUACCUGAGUGAUUUGAUGUUUUCCAUAGUAUUUUUCGGAAUUGUACAUAGGAAGGGUGAAAAUUUCUUAGAGUUAUUAGGAUUACUGACAAGGUUUGGAAUGGAGAAGUUAUUUGGACCCUUGUUGAAUGUUUGGGAGAAUAAUUAUUUGGAUGUAAAGUUAUUGGAAAGUUUAACUCUUGUAGAUUUAUUAAUUGUUAUGAAACUUUACAAGUCUAUGCUUUCAUUUUCAAUGAUGUUUCCAGUCAUCAAGACAGAAUUCUUUGUAAAGAUUGAUUCUGAUGAACAUGAUCAUGAAAUUAGAGACAUGCUGGACUUGGAUUUAUUGGAGAGUAAUUUGAAAGAUUUAUGGACCUGGUUGUUUGCUUCAAUUGAACUAUUGAUGGAAGAGUUUUGGAAUAGAGUUUAUAAAAAGAAAUCCUCUCUGAUUGGUGUGAAAAUCGAAUCAAAGAGGGAACAGCCAGUGAGAAUGGCCAAGAUAAUCAAACGACUAGAAAAAGGAGACUCGGCCAUGUUUGAUCAGGCAGAGAAUGAUUUAAAUGAACUGAAAAAGGACUCGUUAUGGAAUUUCUUUAUGACUGUGGAUCAUUCCUACAUUGGAGAGCUCAGAGAAGAAGAGGAAUGGUCUGGAGUAUUGGAAUCUGAAGAUUUUGAUUGGAUUAAUUAUUGUGACAAUCCAGAUCAAGCAUCUAGAAUUGGAAUGAUUAUGAAUAGUAUUUGCAUGGAUCAGAGAUUUGAAUCGCCCAUUCUCUCGGCAAGUUUAAACUGCAAUGAGGAUGGUAUUCGAUUUUUGUUGGAAAAACUUCCUCCCUUAAAUGUGGAAUCUAGAACUGAACGAUUUACUGAAUGGCUCAAUGAACCUCGUUUCCACGAUACAACCAACAGAACUGUCACUCUAUACGACGUUGUGGAAUCUUCUUAUCCAAUUCUACGAGUAUGUGAUUUACUUUGUUUUAAACCUGUAGUGGUAGCUGGCAUGAUGCUAAUUUAUUGUCAUGACGAUAAUGAAUCGGACGAAUCAAUUGAUUAUCUUUCUCUCUUUAAGAGCUUGUUGGCAGAUAUUUAUUUUGAAACUGGAAGUAUGAGAGAUAUUCCAGAUAUUGACAUGUCCCUUACCAAAUUCAUUUCCAAAUUGGAUGUCAAGAAGAAAUCAACUCCCUACUCGACAACAUCUGUCUCUGAAGAUCGAAGAUUAUCUACCUUAAUUUAUUUAACAGAAAUUGGAUGUAAAACAGUUUCCUCGAGAAGAGGUAGAUCUUCCAAUAGGUAG